AAACUGGGAGUAUAUAGCCUGCAGAGAGAUUAUUUUCUUCAUUCAACUGCACGUAAGACCUGGUAGGACACUGCACAUACGGAACUUUGCACUACACACCACAGGAUAUAUAACAUGGAGGUGUUACCCUGUGCCCAGGAAGCUAGUGACCAUGCAACAUCUCUGUUGGCAAGUCUGAGCCUCCAAAGAGAACAAGUUCAGUUCUGUGACUGUGUGCUCAGACAGAGACAGAACCCGGGUCAACUCCACCCUGCACACAGGUGUGUCCUGGCAGCUUCGAGCCCAGUGUUGGCCUCUAUCUUGUCCUCUACUGGUGCCCUGGUGGAACUGCAGGCUCCAUGUCUGUCAGACUCCGUGCUGGCACUUCUUUUGGACUACAUUUAUACAGGGACUAUGCCCUACUCUCACAACCAGCACCAGUAUCACAAUCUGCUCAGUGCUGCCUGCUACCUGGAGAUGGAUGGACUACAGGAGGCUCUGAAGGCUCGGCAACAGAUUGAGGUGAAAGAAGCAGAUAAUACAAAUGCUUCCACUGGAACCUUUCGCAAUUAUCUGCGAGAGGAUCAUCCAUAUUCAGCCCAUGUGAACACAUGUGAUGACAUAGAUCCAUAUAGAAGUAGCAGUAAAAAAAUUGAAAACCACUGUAGCAGAAAAAAUGCAAGCACUUUAGUUGAUGUAAGUACCUGUUGUAGUAUAUCUGAAAGCACUGGAAGUAGUGUUAAUAGAGGCAACUGCGGACAAGUACCCCAGGAUUUGAUUCAAAAUAUCCCUUGCACUGCUGAAGUGCACAAGGUGUCUGGAGAGGACAAACAGGUGCACAAGGAUCUGUUUCAUUCAGCUCAUUCAGCUGGCACUGAAAAACCAGAGACAUGCCAGGGGAGCACAGAUGAGGAGCUAGAGAGGACAGUUGAGGACAGGAGGAGGUCAAAUUUACUUUGCACUUCUGAGGUGCGAGAGGAAGAGACGAGCAGAACAGAGAAGAUGCAGCGACUGUGUUCAACAAUGAAAAGUAAAGCAGAGGUCGAGCAAACUAACAGAAAAGAGGAAGACAAGACUCAGAUCUGUCACUCCCCUCUUCUUCGUCUCUCAACCUCCCACAUGGACAAUGUUUCGCCCUCACAGAGCUCCUCCUCGUCCUCUUCCUCAGCACCACAUCCGUGCUGUGGGGAAGUGACUGUCAUCCGUCAUAGCAGUAGAGCAGCUAUGCUGCAAUUGGCAGAAGUAGCUUCAAUAACUCCUUACCAUCCAGUAACCCAGGCCUCAGUCAGCUCCAAUAGGGCCAAUUUCUGGAUGGCAACUGCAGCUGAGGAGCAGUCCAUUCACUUACAAGAUCUGAGAGCUGUCAUUCCACUUCCUGUACAGGACUCAGACACUGGAAGUGACUCUCACUGUAAAGAUUUGUGGUCCGAGGGAGAAACUGAAAAGGAACACAGUUACUUAAGAUGUCCAGCUGUAACAGACAGACAGGACAGACACUGUGACCUCCGUGGACCCAAGACUGAUUGCUACCCAAACUUGCAUAGAGCUGAGAAAAGCACAAAAGAUGCCGCUUUUUGUCAGCAUGUAUUUGACUCAGUCAACAGAGACGAAGCCAUAACGUUCAAAAGAUACAAGCUUUGUCGGCCGGUAUCCCCCACACACAAAUCAUGUUCGGAUAGCGUCACUGCCGGUCUCUCUGGCUUUGAAUGCUGCACAUCUGUGGAACAUGAAAAGAUGUCAGGCACUGAGAUCACAGGGCUAACUUUUAAACUACCUACAGUACACAACAUGUCUGACCCUACAUAUAGUGUUGUGGGGCCGUCAUACCGUGGACAUCUUCAAUAUCACCUAACACAGGAGGAAACACACUUAUCACACGGAUACGCUGGUCACAAACACCCCCACCCUGAAUCUUCAGACCAGUCCAGUGAUGACAAGGAGGUUAGUACAUGUGCCAGUCCAGAUUACAAUUCUCUGAGGCAGCACUUUGCUACAGGGACGACAGACCAGGUUCUACUGCUGGACAUUAGUACCAAACCUGCUGAGUUGCUAGUUGAUAAUGCAUUACGCCAAAUGGAAACAUUUGGAAAUGGCUUUGGGAGUAAUGAUAGAGAGCAGUUGAUUGAAAGAAAAUCUGAAGCAGGUGUUCACACUAAAUAUAGGGUUGGAGAAACAAAUGAAGAACAAGAAAAAAGAAAACGUGUUGGUAAAUGUGAGGUUAUACAUAAAGCUGGGGUUGAGGAGAGGGUUUCCAAACAUAAAGAGGGUGAGAGCCAGAUCACUACUAGCGUACAAGAUUCAGUGCACGCCUCCAUGUCAUCUACAAAUACAUCUGCUCAUCUGUCAAAACCUGUUCACCACCCUUUCCAGUGCUCUCUGUGCAACCGUUCCUACAGCCAGCGCGGCUCACUGAAUAGACACGUGCGGAGCCACCUUGGCGUAAGGCCCUUUCCCUGCCCUCGCUGCCCUAUGACGUUUUCACGCCAGUACCGUGUCACAGAGCACAUGCGUGUUCACCAGCGCUGUGUCAUUCUGAGUGACUUUAGUUCACAAGCUCUUGCUUUUCACGGUGGGGCGGCCGCACUUUGAAUUAAAAGUUCAACUUUUGGAUCGCAGCAGCGUGCACUGCAUGUCAUGUGAUGGGGAACAACCAAUCACAGUCAGGAGAUAUCUUUCCUUUCUUCAGUAAAUAUCAGUCUCUGGUAUGUGAAUGCUUAAAGUGGAUUUAAAUAUGUUAGCUGAUAGUGGAAUAGGCUCUUCUACAAAGGAAUGUGGGUAAUGUGUGUGUGUGUGUGUGUGUGUGUGUGUGUGUGUGUGUGUGUGUGUGUGUGUGUGUGUGUGUGUGUGUGUGUGUGUGUGUGUGUGUGU